AUGGGAAACGAUUCUUAAAAACCAAUUUAAUAACCCAAACCUGCUGAUCCUAUAGAAAUAUAAAUAGAUUUAAAAAUGGCUUAAAAAUAAUUUGAACGUGAAUCAAAGAAAGCAGAAAAAGAAUAAAUUUAAAUUAUGGAAAAAGCUAGAUAAGCAGUUUAAAAGGGAAACGAAGAAGGAGCUAAAUUAUAUUUAUAAAAUGCAAUGGCUAAAUAAAAAUUCAGCUAAAAUAUGUUAAAAAUGUCUCAUAAAAUAGAUGCUAUAUCCGCUCAAAUUAAAAUGAAUUAAGGAAAUGCUUAAUAUAUCUAAUAAUUAAAUAAAAUAACACCUUAUUUAUAACAUCAUUCAUCAAACUUAUCUCUAGAAUAAAUGUAUGGGUAAUUAAAUAAUUUCGAAUAGGCAAUGGAUGAAUUAACUAUAGGUUAAAAAGUUAUGGAUAAUAUUAUGAAUAAAAAUGAUAUUUAAAGUGAUGUAGCAAUUGAUAGUAUGCUUUAAAAUAUGAAAUUAGAAUAUGCAUAAGAUAUAAACUAAAAUUUUUAAACAAAUAGUAAAUAUAAAUUAUAUUAUUGA